GAACACUUCAAGAAUGAGUCCACCACAAGAUAGAAACAGAAAUUCCUGCAGCAGUGAGACUCUGGCAAAGUGCCUUCAAGCAAAGAAGGACUUGGAAACUGCUAUAUCUGGAAUUGUCAAAGCUGAGCAGCAGAUAAAAGAGAACUGGCGGGAGGUCAAAGCAAAGAUCCACAGCCACAUCAGCCGCCACCUGGAAUGCCUGCGGAGCCGCGAGGUGUGGCUGUUUGAGCAGGUGGACCUCAUCCAGCAGCUCAAAGAGGAAGCACUGCAGCAGCAGGCACAGCAGCUCUACUGGUAUUUGGGACAGUUCAAUUGCCUUAUUCAUCAGCUGGAACGCUCCUAUAGCAAUGAACUAGCAAACCAGAUUUCAGUUUGCCUGGAGAGACUGGCGAGUCUUACUCUUAAACCAGAAGAGUCUUCCAUCCUGAAUUUUGAGGCUGAUACAUCUUACCUUCGCCAGGCUAUUACCUCAUUUGGUUCAAUUAAAACAAUGCAAACCUCAGAGAGAGAGAGUGCUGCUCCCUGGUUCCCAGGGCAGAACUGUGCCCUGAUGAACUGUGAGCAGCAGAAGACACUGUGUGGCACAGUGAGUGCCUCCCUGGCUGACUGGUUACUUGGCAGCAGACCUGUGGGUGUUCGCCAGGCUCCCUAUGUUCCCAGCACCAAUCUGGAGGAAUGGGUUACGCAGCAGUGUGUGUCGGAGCCCAGCCAGGAUUUGAAUUCUCCCAAAGUCUGUUAUUUUGAGCAAGCUUGGGGAAAUUUGAAAGAUUUGGAGAACUGGCUCCUGCAGAAUCAACAUGAUGUUGCUGGGAAGACAGACUCCCCCCCUGGCCGCAAGGACUCCACCUCUACUUUCAACUCAUCCUUCUCCACUGUUGACAAGGUGGAGGAAUUGGAAUCCCUUGGACAAGAAGAGAUGGACCUUUCUGACUGGCUGCUUACUCCUGACACGGAAAAUGGAAGUACUGCUUCAAAUGAGAAAUGGAAGUGGGAAUUUAAACCUUUUAGGGAAGAGCGCAAUUUGAAUGAUUGGCUCCUCAAAGCUGAAACAUGUACCAGUUGUCGUGGCAGCCAGAUCAAAAGUGUGGAAAUUGAGAACCUGGGAAAUCUGAAGUGCCUGAAUGAGCAUCUUGAUGGAAAGAAAUCACCCACUACAUCUGCUGUGAAUGCUUGGCUUCUUCAGCAUCCCCAGGCCCCCUUUAAAGUGGAAGAUGUGUGCAAAGGUAAUGAGCUGUGUUCCAGCUUUUCGGAAUGCGUGUGCGAUGAAAACUGUGGAAAAGAGGCUCUUUGUAAAUGGCUUCUGAAGAAAGAUGGGAAGGAUAAAAAUGGAGUUCCAGUCAGCCAGAAAGACGUACCAGACCCUGAGCACGAGAAGAUCAAGUCUGCUGCCAAUACCUGGCUUAACCCCACACAGCAGCUCACAGGGGGACCUGUGAGUGCAGAGAAAGCAGAUUAUUCAGCAGAGAUCGCAGAACCCUUGAAAGUGUUGCUGGAAAGGCCUCUGACAAGCUGGCUGGCCAAGGCUGAGCACAAAGCAGAGAGUGCAGAAGAAAAGGCGAGUCGAGAAAAAGCAGACAAUAGUUUCAAGAGUCCUUUCCUAGACCUCUUGGCUCCAUUCCACCUCCCCUUGAAUGUAAACAGUUGGGUGUUGACUUCAAAUGACCUAGAAAAUGCAAACACGCCUCCAGUGGAAGACAAGUGGCUUCUGCGCAAGAAAGCACAGGACUUUGGCCUUCCUACAGUCUGUGACCUUUUUGCCUGUAUGAAACUCGGCGGAGAUAAUGAGAAAUGGCUGUAUCGGUCUCCUUUACAGAUGUGAAGAACUG